CUUUGAUGAUUGGGCAGCGGCGAACUUCAAAGUCAUAAAUCUCACUCCUGACUGGCUGGCGGCCCACCAAAGUCCUUAUCAAAUCCUAAGAAGUGAUUCUUCACUCUCUCAGAUAGUCCGAGGAUAGCUGGAGGAGAGGAAGCGCUUUUCCACGAGAACGCCUUAUUUCGGCGCACCGAGUUUGGUUUGUUUGAAUUGGGAAGCUUGAGGAACUCGAGGAAGUGUUGCCAUGGCAGCUGUGGCUGUGUUGCGGAACGAAACACUACAGGCAUUUCUUCAGGAUCGCACUCCAAACUCCUCGCCGGAAAACACUAAACAUUCUCCUUUGGCACUUUUGGCGGCUACGUGUAACCGGAUCGGUCACCAUCACGGCACCACUCCCACGGACUUUAUUCAAGUUCCCUUCGACAGCACCCUAGCUUCGCCCUCGCGGAUUUUCCACCCGUGGACUAACGAGGCAACCCCCCCGUCCGCGCUUUCCAGCAAUUCCUCCUUUGGACUAUCCUCGAAAUCUCACCUGCAGGGCUCGUACACCUCCCACCAUGAGCUCCCGUUGACCCCUCCGGCUGACCCCACAUAUCCUUAUGACUUCUCCCCCGUGAAAAUGUUGCCGUGCUCCAUGCAGUCGUUACAAUCAUCUUGCCCGCCCACAUACGUCCCCGCGGUUACUUACGCAGCACCGACCCCGAUCCCACCCGCGAUGACCGGUUUCGUAACGGGACACUCGGGCCUGGUCCAUCACCAGCAGAGACAGCUGUCUCCGAACCCUGGGGACGAUAUACCGUGGUGGAGCCUUCAACAAGGCAACCACGUCAAUCACCCGUCAACUCUCGCCCCCCAUCGCUUUCCAAUCCAACGGGGUCUGGUGCUGGGACACACGGACUUUGCGCAGUACCAGACCCAAAUCGCAGCUCUUCUCCAUACCAAGUCCCCGCUUGCCACCGCCCGCCGAUGCCGGAGAUGUCGGUGUCCUAACUGUCAAUCAUCCAGCUCAAGCGACGAGCCCGGGAAAAAGAAGCAGCACAUCUGUCACAUUCCUGGAUGCGGGAAAGUAUACGGCAAAACCUCGCACCUGAAAGCGCAUCUGCGCUGGCACUCGGGAGAGAGACCCUUCGUGUGUAACUGGCUCUUCUGUGGGAAAAGUUUCACAAGGUCGGACGAGUUACAGAGACAUCUGAGGACUCAUACCGGAGAAAAACGCUUUGUGUGUCCGGACUGCUGCAAAAGGUUUAUGAGGAGCGAUCACUUGGCCAAACAUGUCAAGACGCACCAGAAUAAGAAAAGCAAAAGUCACGAAAAGACCUCUGAAUAUGUGAAAAGAGAAGACUUGAGACCUGUUUAGCUGACUAUAGAUGGCUUUAGACUAGUGCAAUAAAAUCUUGACAAAGUUCAGGAUUCUAAUGAGUCGAAAUGUUGGAAUUUUUUAUUUUAUUUUUCAAAAAGUCAGUACUUUUCAUUGAAAUAGCUUCGCGAGACUUACUGGACUGGGAGCCUUCUUCGGACAUGUAAAUAAACUUUUCAAGUCGUUCACAGUUCUUAAAGGGACCCUGGAAAAUGUUUUGUAUUUCUGAGCUGUCCAAAAACAUUAACAAGUUUUAACUUGUGUUGAGAUCCUUGUCUUCGGUGGAAGAUUUCUUUAUCCUGUAGAUACAUUGAUAGCUUUUGUUGAAUGAAAGUGACAGUUUUUCACUCCUUGUGGGGUGUCUAGCAUGCUAUUAAAAACAAUCUGUUAAACCUAUGAAGUAAUGUGUGAAAAUAAAAAGUAUGACUUGUACAUUCCAUUUAAACAAAGUGGUGAGAACCGAAAUUAUUUUUUGAAGAGAAAAUCAGGGAUCAAAUGUGGAAUUUAAAGUUUUAUAGUGUGACAGAGAAACAGUGAAACUGUUGGUAAGUUGGUGACUGUGUAAAUGCCCAAACUGAGCCUAGAAUGAAACACUGAGUUUUGACUUUCUG